CCCCGGCUUUUCUAAUGAAAAAAGCUGCCUUCGUCGUCUGUGGAACACCCUGUUUAUGGCCCAAGAAGGCCUGUGGGCCAGGGGUUAUUUUUUGUCGCGUGAGGGUCCCCGUGUGUUCAUAGAGCAAAGGUGAAGCAGUUGUCACCUGCAGCCCCGGCACUGCUGUCAUGGGACUGUGUUUUCAGAGGAAGUCUGAAAGGAAGAGGAGAGCCCUGCCUAUGAAGAGAUGACGUGUAACGGCCCUGAAGACUCAGAGGCUUGUGCCACUUCAAACACAGGAUGUGAGCAGGAAUGGGCACAGGAGCACAGGCGGCUUGGGACCUUUGUGACAUUUCCCUUUGAUUGUCCAGUGUCAGCAGCAGCGCUAGCGCGAGCUGGCUUUGUUUAUACUGGAGAAGGUGACAAAGUGAAGUGCUUCAGCUGUCAUACAACUGCUGAAGGAUGGGAGCAUGGAGAGUCUGCCUUUGAAAGACACAAACGCCUUUCCCCAAACUGCAAAUUUGUUAUUGAAUCAACUUUUCUGGAAAAUAAUAUUCAUCCUGUUGUCCAGAACCACCAAGAUAGAUCUGAAAAUUGUUCCAGCAAUUCAGCCAUUUCCUAUGCUUUAGAUGACUCAUCUGAUGUUGAAGCUGAUUACCUUUUGAGAACUAGGCAGGUUGUGGAUAUGUCAGAUAUCUUGUAUCCUAAAAACCCUGCAAUGUGCAGUGAAGAAGCUAGAUUAAAGUCAUUUCAUAACUGGCCCAUAUAUGGCCUGUUGGCACCAAAGGAAUUAGCUAAUGCUGGGCUUUAUUAUACAGGUGUGGGUGACCAAGUGGAAUGUUUUUGUUGUGGUGGAAAACUGAAAAACUGGGAACCUAGUGAUAGAGCUUGGUCAGAACAUAAGAGACAUUUUCCCAAAUGCUUUUUUGUCCUGGGCCGGGAUGUUGGAAAUGUUCCAAAUGAAGUUGUGUGUGCUGAGCUGGAGAGAAGUGCUCCGAGCGAUGUGCAGCAUCCAAGGAAUCCAUCUAUGGCAGAAUAUGAAAGACGGCUACAAACCUUCCUAACUUGGAGAUAUCCUGUUAACAAGGAGCAACUUGCCAAAGCUGGAUUUUAUAGCAUAGGUAAUGGUGAUCAUGUUGUGUGCUUCCAUUGUGGUGGGGGACUGCAAGAGUGGAAGGAAAAUGAAGACCCCUGGGAUCAACAUGCCAAAUGGUUUCCUGGGUGCAGGUUUCUGAGAGAAGAAAAGGGACAAGAAUUUAUAAAUAAUGUUCACUUAAGAGGUGGAUGCAACAAUUCCACGAUAGAAGCUGCUGAAUUUACAAUUCUUCCUAAAGAUGAUCUCGUACAAAAUAGUUUGGUACAAAAUGCCGUACACAUGGGUUUCAGCUUCUCUGAGAUAAGGAACAUAAUGGAAAAGAAAGUGCAAGUGUCUGGAGAAAAUUAUACGUCUGUUGAGGAUCUAGUAGCAGACUUAAUAAGCGCUCAGAAAGAAAAUAAAGCAGAAGAAUCAAAUGAAAGAUCACUAGAGAAAGAUCUCAGUACUGAGGAGAAGCUGAGGCGUUUGCAGGAAGAAAAGCUUUGUAAAAUCUGCAUGGCUAAAGACAUAUCAGUAGUCCUUAUUCCCUGUGGUCAUCUAGUUGCUUGUAAGGAAUGUGCUGAAGCAGUUGAUAAAUGCCCUUUAUGUUGUACAAAUAUUAUAAAAAGACAGAAAAUUUUUAUGUAUUAGUCAAAUAGACAGUACUGAAAAUGGAAAUGUCCCCUGCUCUAUUUCUUUAAAUAUGUGUAAUGCUAUAGCAGACUGUUGAGUGUUCAGCAGUCUAGCACACACAUUUACAGAGCAUCUCGCUUUAGGUAAUGUAAACAAUCAAGCUUAAAUCAGCAUCCUGAAAUCUGAGCUGACAGUCAGAAGCUGCUAGAUUUUUGUUUACAGUACCCAUAUUCAACUGACUCCUUGUUGCUCCCUAUUUUGCUGUGUUUUUAAGUCAUCUGAAUCUGAAGUUGUAACCUAAAAUAACAUGUACUGUACUCUCAGAUUUCCUAUUUUUGAGUUCUUACACUUGUGUUAAUGUACUACAAAAAAUACAGGAAUUAAAAAAUAUAUAUAUACUUUUUUUUCAUAAAAUGGCAAGGGAAAAAUGAGUGUUCUGAUUAAGUAGUAGCUAGGCUACACAGCUUGCUUGACUAACAGUUUUAUAUUGCAAUCUCUUUAUAGGCUGUGUUUCUAUUCAUAGUCAUUUGUUCAGCUUUGAUUUACCAAAAAUUAAAUAUGUUAACUUUUUCUUUUUUGUGGAGGCAAGAAUGAGAACAUUUCUCACUAAUUCAUUUAAGAUGCUAGUUAAAAUAUCCUAUUAGAUGGAAAUACAUCUUAGUCCCUGUUAGUCCAGAGUUACGGGUUACUGAUUUUCUAUUAAUAUUCUUUUCUCUUGCUCAUCUUAAGAGUCGUGUUUCUGGAACAUGGGUAGGAGACUUGCUAUACUGAAUUCUGUUCUCCCAGCUAAGAUUGCCUGAGUGUGAUAUUUCCUAGAUCUUUAUUUGUCAUUUGUAUUUGUGCUUGUAAACAUCUAUAACCAGCCUCCAAAUAAUCACUAACAACCAGGCUAAACAAACAUGAGCAACAAAGAAAGAAGUAACUGUAGUCCUGAUAUCUGUCUUUCUGGAUUGACAAGUAAGCAACACCCUCUUAAUUAAUAGACACCUUCCAAACUAAAACUUUUUUUAAAAAAAAAAAUCAUAAUU